GCCCCGCGGCGGCCGCCAACCCUCGGGUUUGAAUCGGGCCGCGCUCUGCUGUGGCGGCGGCGGGAUGGGCGCUUCGUCGCUGCCCCCCGCCUGGCAGCUCUACCUCAAGGACCACCGCGUCUCUACGUUCAAGAACUGGCCGUUCCUGGAGGGCUGCGCCUGCACCCCGGACCGGAUGGCAGAGGCCGGCUUCAUCCACUGUCCCACUGAGAACGAGCCAGACUUGGCCCAGUGUUUCUUCUGCUUCAAGGAGCUGGAAGGCUGGGAGCCAGAUGAUGACCCUAUAGAGGAGCAUAAAAAACAUUCAUCUGGUUGUGCUUUCCUUUCUGUCAAGAAGCAGUUUGAAGAAUUAACCCUCAGUGAAUUUUUGAAACUGGACAAAGAAAGAGCCAAGAACAAAAUUGCAAAGGAAACCAACAACAAGCAGAAAGAAUUCGAAGAGACCGCAAAGAAAGUGCGCUGUGCCAUUGAGCAGCUGGCCGCCGCAGAAUAGCUCCUGUGCGGCAUGCUGGUCCCCAAGAAGAACGUGCCAUCACUGGGGUGCACUCCUCAGUGUGACCAGCUCUGCUGGGGACCCCUUCACUGUGCCUUAGGAAAGGAGAACGGCCACAAUUCAAAAUUAGAAUGUUAAACUAUA